GUUUCGGCUGACCAGUAGCAGGUAUUACUGCUGCUGCAGCUGGGGGCUUUUAAAAACAUCUAUCUAUUGCUGUCAGUUGUAGUCCUUUAAACCAUGACCUCGGACGUUCCAAAAGCUUCGGAUGCUGUUUGUCUUCACCCUAAAAUUGCCCGGGAGGGAAAGGAUUUGUGCCGGAUGGUUACCGCUCCCAAGACCGGCAAAUGUUACUGCCGAGGGCGGCUGCUCGGAAAGGGUGGAUUUGCAAGAUGCUAUGAAAUGACUGAUCUCUCCAGUAACAGAAUAUAUGCCGUUAAAGUUAUUCCACAUUCCAGAGUGUCAAGGCCUCAUCAAAAAGAGAAGAUUGAAAAGGAAAUUGAACUCCAUAAAUCCCUGUCCAAUAAACACAUAGUGAAAUUUUACCAUAACUUUGAAGAUGAUGAAAAUAUUUAUAUCUUUCUAGAGCACUGCAGUCACAAGUCAUUAGCGCAUAUUUUGAAAACAAGAAGAACGUUAACAGAGCCAGAAGUCCGGUAUUAUCUCAGACAGAUUAUCUUGGGCCUCAAGUACCUCCAUGUUCGGGAUAUUCUUCAUAGAGAUCUCAAGCUAGGGAAUUUCUUUGUUAACGAGAACAUGGAAGUGAAAGUUGGAGAUUUUGGCUUGGCAACUAAGCUUCUACCAGUUGACCAGAGGAAGAGGACUGUCUGUGGUACUCCAAACUAUCUGGCACCUGAAGUACUAAACAAACAGGGUCACGGUCCUGAGGCUGACAUCUGGUCUUUAGGCUGUGUAAUGUACACAAUGUUGUCUGGGCGGCCUCCAUUUGAGACCUCUGACCUCAAGGACACCUACAGAUGCAUUCGAGCAGUUGAGUACAGCAUGCCAUCCUCGUUUUCAGUUGCUGCAAAGGAUCUUGUCAGUAGCAUCCUGAAGAAGAACCCAGAACAAAGACCUACCCUAGAUGCAAUUAUGCAGCAUGACUUUUUCACAAAAGGCUUUAUACCUGAUGUGCUCCAUCCAAGCAGCUGCUUAAUGGUUCCGGAACUGAAUGUCCCAGCUCCCACUAAAAACCUUCUGAGAAAAUUUACCGAAGCUUUGUUUUUUAGGAAACAAAAGUCAAAAGAUACUAAAACCACUUGUGUGGAAAAGGAUGAUAUUUCCAAGCUUGCUGCAGAUCUUGUAAAGACUUCCAUCCACAGACAGACCAGUUAUAAAACUGAGAAUGCAACGGAGCAUACACUUCCCACUGGCCAAACUGCAAACACCUUUUCCAGAGGAACAGAAAAAGAUUCAAAGUUAACCACUGAACCAGGAGGUGCCAACUAUGAAACUGUUGAAGAUGGAUCCAUAGCUCAACAAAUGGCAGAUGCUGCUUCCCACGUUCUCAAAAGCUGUCUUUCAGCCAUGCCAUCAGUGAAAAAAAACCCAGUUGGACAUAGUCUGCAUAGGUCCAAGCCCUUCUUGUGGGUUACCAAAUGGGUUGAUUACUCCAAUAAAUACGGUUUUGGUUAUCAGUUAUCUAAUCGCAGUAUUGGUGUACUGUUCAAUGAUGGAACUCAUAUGGGUCUCUCCCCUGACAGAAGGAGUGUGUUUUAUUACCUCAAUAACCACCAGCAUUUUUCCUUCUCUGCCUCUGCAAUUCCAGAGCAGCUAGUGAAACAGAUGGCAGUUGUCCUAUAUUUUGCCAAUUACAUGGAAGAAAAUUUGAUGGAGGGAGGCGACUUGCCCAGGACAUUCCUUGAAGACUGUCACGAUCCAUCUUUGUUCCUGUUGCAGUGGGUUAAAACUGAUCAUUCCCUAUUAAUGCUGUUCAACAAUGGUACUUUACAGGUUAACUUUUAUCAUGAUCACACAAAGCUCAUUCUGUGCAAAGCUGACCAUUCUUAUCUACUUACUUACAUCAACAAAGAGCGUGUUGCCUGCACAUACAAACUGAGUACUAUAAUGGAACUGGGCUGUUCACAAGAACUGUACCAUCGUCUGACAUACACACUGAAACUGUUGCAGUAGCAACAGAAGGCAAACCACGUACGAAUCGAUUCCUCUCUUGAAGAGGAGAGGAAAAUAGCAUUACCUCUACUAAGGACUUUUACAAGGUGCAAAAAUUGAACAAUUGGCAAGAAAAGCUGCUGUUUAGUUUGGAGGAGUGGAAUCUAAAGUCGAACUAUUGGUGGUUUAUAAUCUUGCGUCUGUUUAAAUGUCACUAAUGAGAAGAAUGUGUUAGCACACGUGAGCUGUUAUUGAAGUUAUUUUUUUUGUUUUCCACUCCCUCAAUGCUAGAGAGUUUGAAGAAUUUCUGUGGGUUGUGAAAUUUGCCACAGCUUCUUAAUUACUACCUUGAAAUCAGUUUGUUUUUUUAAAUUUUAAGUUUAUGCUCCAGUGCAGCUAUGUUUUAGUGGCUUUUUGACUUUUGUCUCAAUCUCCUGAAUGGAAAACCAAAUCUUGUGAUCUUCUUCUCCUUCUCCCCCCCCCUACUUCCCCUUCCCCUUCCCCCUUCCCCUCAAGGCAAGCUUGCCUUGAUCUUUAACAAGUGACUCCUUUUUUGAGUUUGCUAGGUCUUCAGCUUUUAGAAAACGCUGCUUCCUCUAUCUUGGUAAGAAUGUUUUGCAGAAUGCAGUGGGCCCAGAACCAUUUCAAAACUGACUUGGGUCAGAUUAUGUUGAAAAUGCAAACAGUGGGAAUGGUGUAUGAUUUAUUGCAGAUGGAAUGCAGUAUAAAUGCACACUCCAUUGCUAGUUCACUAAACCAGGAUCUGGAUAGGCCAGAAUUGAUCGAUCUUCUCUUGUUUGUUUUUCUUUGGUGCCAUGAGCGAUGUUUUAUUUUUUCUCUUAUGAAAGCAAACUGUCCUACCUUUCUUAACCAAAGGCUGUACAUUUCAACUUGGUAAUGUUUCUUUUUUGAAAAUGGUCAAAACUGGUUUUAUUUCAAAGAAAAUCCUGGUUUAAUCCACCUGUGUAAUGGCCUUUUUAUGAAGGUUUGGAUUUUUUUCUAGUGCUUGUCUUUAGAUUUUAGAGAUUUGGCAACAGCAGUCUGCUCACCAAUAGUGCCCUUUUUUGUGUGGGGUUGGAAGGGAAGAGGUUGGCAGCUUUGGCUAUGACCAGCCUGUGUUCUGAUUCCAUACAAACUAGAUAUGCGGUUUAAGGUAACUUUUUUAUUUAAUAUAAUGGAAUUGUGAUUCCAUGUUUGUAUGCACUACUAAACUGAGACAUUUGCCACAAUCUAAAAAAUGGCAAUUGUAUCCAGGCUAUUUAGCUAUCUUAACUACUUCACUGACUGCAAACUUUUCUUUUGCCUUUUUUUGAUAGUUGGGAGAAGGAAGACCACCCUAAGCCCAGAACCACCUUAGCUCUAAUCUUAGUGUGGUGUUCCUAAACUUUCUUCCAUAUCAAAAGAAAAUUUAUAAAUUGGAAAACUUAAAUUGCUGUUUCAGGGUAGUGUGGAAGGUGGCUCAACUGACGACUUACAUCCUAAUGUUCAGCUCAUUCCUAUCUUUAUGCCUCUGUCUGUAGAUUUGAAAAGUAUUUAAUAAAUCUGGUCUUAUUUAUGUUCAUGAAAGUACUGAAUGAGCCUAUUUAUUUUUGUAUUUAUUAUUUAUUUCCUUGUUUUUAAGGAUAACCAUACAACUGAAAUUGUGAAAAAU